AUGAUGUCACUGGCCGGGCUUGUUCAGAGACCUCCAGAGAGCUUCCUGGUAGACCCAAGCUCUGUGUGCAGCGAAAGCGAGGUGAAGAUUCUGUUUGGGUUUAACCUUGCUUUGGACUGGUUGCGCCAGCAGUCUCUGUCAAAUUUUUUGAUGGACUUCACACACAGAACCAAUGCUCCCAACCUCCUACUUGGCGCAAUUGGGCCAGUAGGCCUUUUCACAAGUGACAGUGGCAAGCCAGCCAUGCGCUUCUUCCCAGUUUUCUUUUUGCUGGCACGCACCGAAGACCAUGAAGCGCACGCAGUGCUGGUCACCAAGUAUGUUGAGGCAGCCCGCGAAGCUGGGAUUACCUUGCGGCAUGGCUACUUUGACUGUCACUGUUACCACGGUGCGAAGGCGAGCACGGACUGGGGUGAGCCACUGUUGGCAUCUUACCUGGAAGCAAACCUUCUGGAGGUGAGCCCUGAUGGCAGCAUUGCAGCUGCUUGGCAAUCUGGCUUUGGAAAGGUUCCAGUCGGAUUUACCACAUAUGCUCCCAACUGCAUUGAGCGAAGCUGGCGCCUGCUCAAGUCGCUUUUGCGCUCCAGGCUGGACUCAGACAGGGACAAGAAGAUGGAGCCCGCUGCGCUCAUGGUGGAAGUUUGCGCUGUUUUUCGAAGUCGGCUGAACUCGGGCUUUUAUGACAACUUGCGCGAGACCCUGGACCGCCCGUGGCCUGCUCUGGAAGUUGGUGCCCCAAAGGGCUGCGUCAAACACGCCGUGCCUGAGUCAGAGGACGACGGAGAGCCCAGUGCGAGCCAGCGGCUGUGCUUGGACGACCUGCUCAAGCACUAUCGGAAGAGUGGGCCUUGCGCUACGUUCUUGGCUUCAGUUUGCGAUCUGCCUCUGCAAGAUGGCUCUCGCGCACGCCUUUGCUACGUCAUCCCGAAGUUUCGGCUUGAGUACGCCGAGAGCAAGCACGAGGAGAUGUCCGCAGCCCUGCACUUGGCGCUGGCGCGCACUCCAAGUGAUGUGCGGCAGGCGUGCGCUGCCCCCACUACAGGCGGUUAUUGCAUGUUCCGACACCUCAAACUUCGGCACCGGUACUGCACUGUGUACGUUCGGACGGACAACACAGUGGUGGAUGCUCACCAACACUUUGUGGAGGGCGCUGGCCACACAGAGCACGCUCUCUUUGUCGAGAGCUUGCUUCGCCCUGCGGCUAGCCUAGCCGUGCCCAAAGGCAAGGCCAGCAGUGGCCCAGGCAAGAGAGCUUCCAAGCAAGCCCGCUCCGAACGUUUGAGGACCAUGCUUCAGCCCCCAGUUGCCCUGGCCUCGCAGGAGGGUGUUGCCUUGCCGCUGCAAGACCUGCCUGCUGAGAUGAGCGACCAGGUGAUGAGCGCAGAGGCGACGGUAGAGCUUUUGCCUGGUGCAGCGCAAGUGCCUUCUGCAGUAGGGGCUCUACAGGCGUGUUCCUCCGAAGCAGAGCUCCUCUGCAUGGCACGGACCAAGAAAGGAGACCGCUGCAAGAAUGCUCGCUGCCAGGGGAACUUCUGCAAGUGCCACAAUGAGGAAGCUGCGUCCCGCAAGUUCAUGCUGGCAUUUUUCACAACUGUGGACGCAGCUGCUCAGCAGGCGAUGUUUGCGUGGGAGCAGAGCCAGACAGAAUUGGCUCUCAAGAACAGCUUGGAGAAGAACUUGGAAGUGAAGCAGCAGAUCGCUACUGCCAACAAGAUCCUGGACGAUCGCGUGGCCGCAAUGUCACGUCGCCGUGCGCCUGUCCCAGCCAAUGGGAACUGCCAGUUUCAAGCUUUGGUGUACUCAGCGGAAGUGCCCAUGACCGCUGCUGACCUGAGAAGCGCAGUUGUCAUUUAUCUGACCCCGCUGGGGUCGUUUUUUGCUGACAGGCUGGUGGGCCGUUUUCACGGUCGCUACGGCCUGUAUCUGCAGAACUUGCGCAAAGAUGGCGUUUGGGGGGACGACCUGUCCCUGCUAGGCGCGGCACAUGUGUUUCGCCGCCCCAUCCAUGUGAUUUGCGACACUGCCAAGGACGGCGAUGCCCGCGUUGUAUGUUCCCCGAACUUUUUGGCAGAGUCGCUUUGGGGCAGUCCCAUUGUGGUGACCCUCCGAAUGGAUGUGCACUACGAUGCAACCUGCCUGGCUGGUUGCACCCUGACUUAG